AUGGAGCGCGCGAGGGCGCUUUCCUGCUGGAAUGGCAAGGAGGUGGUGGUGCGCCCGGUGGGGGAGGUACGAGAAGAGCUGCACUUGGGCGAGGGCCGCACCAACCAGAACUUCAUUGCAGACUGCGAGGGCGCCCGCUGUUUCGUGCGCGUGGGCAGCGACCUGCCCUUCUUCGGCGUGAACCGCGCCCGCGAGCAGGCAGCCUCGAGGGCAGCUCACGCGGUGGGUGUGGGGCCAGCCGUGAGGCAUGCCGAGCCAGAUGCCAUGGUGGUGGACUUUGUGGACGGCAAAGCCCUCACAGAGGAGGACCUGCACCGCGCGGGCGCGGAGGGCCCGAGGAGCGUGCUGCUCGCGGCGCUGGGCAAGACCCUCAGGGCCUUGCACGACGCCCCGGUGCCUCCGGAGCUUGAGGCCUUCCGGGAGGAGGUGGGCUCCGUCGGCUGGGGCGGGCCCCACCUGGAGAAGUGGCUCCGCUACGCCGAGGACCAGAAGUACUCGCGCCUGCCGCUCCUGGCCAACCUGCGGGACUUCAUCAAGCAGCUGGAGCACGCGGCAGGCCCCUUGGGUCCCAACAAGUUUUGCCACUUCGACCUGCUUGCGGACAACUUGGUGCUGAAGAAGGAUGGCGGCAUUAUGCUGGUGGACUUUGAGUACUCGGCCCCAGGUCAGCCUUUCAUGGACCUGGCGGUCCUCGCAAUGGGCUGCAGCCUCACUGCGGAGGAGGAGCGCAGUUUGCUGAGCGCCUACCUGGACCGGGAGGCCUCGGAGGAGGACUUGCGGCGCUUCAAGGCGGUGCGGGUGCUGGCAGCGCUGCGGGAGACCUUUUGGGGCGUCACGGCGGAGCUGAGCCGCAGCAGUGCGCUCAGCGACGCGGAGGCGCUGAGCUACGCGGAUGCGCCCGGGGGCUUGGAGCUCGCGGAGGGGUGA